CUUAACGAGGAGACAGGGUCCAAUAAAGCACCCAGCUUACUAUUGGUAGUUCCGCCAUUUCUCCCUCAUUACACAAAACAUCCCUUCCCUCCUUCACCAACAUCCCUUACUAUCAAUGCCUCUCUCGCUAUGCUCCACAAGAUCCCUCCUCUUUCUCUUCAUCCUCUCAGCCCUCCCAAUCGCUAUCAUAAUCUCUCUCGAGCUAUCUGAGCCCUCUACUCCCGUCUUUCACUACCACAGCUCCGGCUUCUUACGCGAGUGCGCCAAGUGGGACGAUCUCAACCGUCGAUUCCUCGUCUCUUUCUUGGAUGGCGGAAUCGGCGAGAUUCGCGUGCCUGUCGACUACUCUCCCGGUACUGUUUUAGAGGAAGUUACUGUGGUUAAAGACGCUGACUUGGCUGGUAACUCAUCCGUGGGUUUCGUCGUUGACCGGCCUAGGAAUCGGCUGGUUGUGGUCAACGCUGAUGUGAUUGGAAACAAGUAUAGUGCUGUUGCGGCUUAUGAUUUGUCCACUUGGGAGCGUUUGUUUCUUACACAACUCAGUGGCCCAAGCGAUGGGAAAGCUUUUGCAGAUGAUGUUGCAGUCGAUGCAGAAGGUAAUGCAUAUGUUACUGAUGUCAAAGCCAGUAAAAUUUGGAAGGUUGGGAAUGACGGAAAGUUCCUAUCCGUUAUCACAAACCCGCUCUUCAUUCAAAAAGAGUGGUACAAAAACCUGAUUGCACUAAACGGAAUCGUUUACCACCCAGAUGGUUUCUUGAUUGUCAUUCAUACUUUCACUGGGAAUUUAUACAAGAUUGAUCUAGCCAAGGGAGAUGAAGUCAAGUUAAUCAAGGUAGAAGGUGGCUCCCUGUCAUUUGGAGAUGGUCUGGAGCUACUGUCGCCCACUAAAAUUGUGGUUGCUGGAAAUCCUUCUGGGAGAUUAGUUGAGAGCUCUGAUGGGUGGGAGACUGCUACUCUUGUGGGCAAGUUUAAAGGCCCUGCGCACCGUCUGGCCACUGCUGCAACUGUGAAGGACGGGAAAGUUUAUCUUAACCACAUGAUUGGUAUAGGGUACCCUAAGAAGAAGCAUGUUCUUGUUGAGGCAGUUUUUUCUUCAUAAAUUAGGCAAAUCAACUUGUUAUAGGAUGGAUUGAAGUUCCAUGACCAUGAGCAUAAGUCUGUCAUGUUUCGGUUUUGAGUUUGUUAUGUAUUAUCACAAAAGAAUCUCAGUUAUAUUUAUUUUCACUUGACCAUUUUAGUUUAUAAUUAGGGAAGAGUUGCAUUUUCUCUGCCAUUUAAACUGAGAAGCAUAUCUCAAUGUGUAACCCAAGCCCAUUUAAGGCUAGUGAAAGGAAUUGUAACCCAAGCCCAUGCUUUAAGGAUCCAGUACCCAUGUCUCCUGUGGAGGAGAAACAUAAAUGAAACUCACGAGAUAGAGAGAGGAUUCUUUUUCUUCA